AUGUUGUCGAAUAUCUCGUUCAUUUUGUUGGUCUCUAUAUGCAUUGUACUAGGAGAGAAAAGUUUUCUCCUUCCAAACUGCCAACAACCUCUUCAUCACGGAGUUCAAAACUGCACAAACACUUCCUCACUCCGUUUCUAUAUGGAUGCCGAUACGGAGACAUGUUUGGCAUUCAAAUACUCGGGUUGUGGCGGAAAUUCGAACAAUUUCGAGACAUGGAGUGAAUGUGGAAGAUGUUUUGCAAUGGACUACUCAGGAUGUCCGCUUGGAUCCAAAUCAAUCAAAAAUCUGAAUGCCAACCACACAAUCUGUGCUCAUAGCAUGAACGAGGAGUGCACUGGACCCAAUUCCUUCUGUAGACGUGGAGCAUUCUUUGGAACGUGUUGUGACAAAACUAUCAGAGACAAAGAGAACAGUGAUUCAAACAAAAAAGAGGGAUGUGCUCCAGGUACCCAAAAAGUCACUUAUAAAACUGGAAGUGGCUUUUCUAUUACUCUUCUCGGUAAGACAUGCGGGUCCAACUUCUGCCCACAGAAGUCUACCUGUCAUCAAGGAAACUAUUUUGCCUACUGUUGUGCCGCAGUUUGA